AUGAGCCCCGAGCCGGUCCCGCCGCCCCAGUGUCCCGGCUGCGACCGCGGGGAGCCGUUCGCCCAGAGGUUAGAGAAGGGCGACGAGGCCUUCCGCGCGGGCGACUACGAGACGGCAGCCGAGCUCUUCCGCUCCUUGCUGGCCGGGCUGGCGCAGCCGGAGCGCGGCCUGUGCCUGCGCCUGGGGGACGCGCUGGCCCGCGCCGGUCGCCUCCCCGAGGCCUUGGGCGCUUUCCGCGGCGCCGCGCGGCUCGGGGCGCUGCGGCCGGAGGAGCUUGGGGAGCUAGCGGGCGGCCUGGCGCGCGCCGACGGCCUGCGCGAGUGGCGGCUGUCCGCGGGGAAGCCGGGCUGCGCGCCCGAGGCGCCGAGCGAGGGGCGUCCGGCCUCGGCAGCCGCUGCGCCCCGCGAUUUGCUCGGCUGCCCGCGCUGCCGGCGGCUGCUGCACAAGCCAGUGACGCUGCCUUGCGGGCUCACGGUCUGCAAGCGCUGCGUGGAGCCGGGGCCGGCGUGGCCGCAAGCGCGGCGAGUCAACGUGGUGCUGAGCGGCCUGCUGGAGAAGUGCUUCCCCGCCGAGUGCCGGCUGCGCAGGCUGGCGGGCCAGGCGCGAGGUCUGCAGCGCCAGCAGCAGCCCGAGGCCGCGCUACUCAGGUGCAACCAGGCCCUGGACCUGGCACCUGAUGAUAAUUCAUUAUUGCUCCUGCGCGCAGAGUUGUAUUUAACUGUGAAGAACUACGAGCAGGCUCUGCAGGAUGCCGAUGCGGUUUGCCAGAGUGAACCUCUCCUGACUAAGGGACAUCAUGUAAAAGCUCAGGCUCUUUCUGGAUUGGGAAGAAGUAAGGAAGUGUUGAAGGAAUUUCUCUACUGCCUUGCUUUAAAUCCUGAGUGUAACUCUGUGAAGAAAGAAGCACAGAAGGUAAUGUGUGAGGUGCUUUUUCCAGCUUUAGAAAAUGUGCAUCAAAAUUUAACAUCUUCCAGCCAAAGCAAAUUACAGGCUCAAUGUCAGAGCCACGCAAACACCCAGUCUACUCUGGAAGGAGGAGGUGACGCAGGGAGCUCUGAGAAUCCAUCUGAGAAAUCCGAUGUAUUUAGAAAUGCCAGUUCUUCGGUUUUGUAUUUUAUACUGGGUCUAUACUUUGAAGAGGAUAAGCAAACAUUAGAAAGUAUCCUUCCAGUAGCCCCCAGCUCUGGUUUAAAGAGGCAAUUUCCGAAUGACACAGAGGAGGCGCAUGACCUGAACACCCCUGGAAAAAUUCCCAAGAAAGAUUGCUCACCUCAAAGGACCACGGACUCUGAGACAGGAGAGGGCCAGGGCCUCUCGAUCGAUGUCACUGACUUUGAGUGCGCCCUCUGCAUGAGGUUGCUCUUUGAGCCUGUCACUACACCUUGUGGACAUACAUUUUGCCUAAAAUGCCUUGAACACUGCCUUGACCACGCCCCACAUUGUCCACUGUGCAAAGACAAACUUUCGGAGUUGUUGGCAAGCAGAAAUUUUAAUAUUACUGUUCUGGCUGAAGAAUUAAUAUUUCGAUACUUGUCAGAUGAAUUGUCUGACAGGAAGAGAAUUUAUGAUGAAGAAAUGACGGAGCUGUCAAAUCUGACCAGAGAUGUCCCCAUCUUUGUGUGUGCCAUGGCCUUCCCCACCGUCCCAUGUCCACUCCACGUCUUUGAGCCCCGCUAUCGGCUUAUGAUAAGAAGAUGCAUGGAAACCGGCACCAAGCGCUUCGGCAUGUGUUUAUCUGCUGAGCACGCAGGGAUUUCCGAGUAUGGCUGCAUGCUGGAGAUUAAGGAUGUCAGAACUUUCCCUGAUGGAAGUUCAGUCGUAGAUGCAAUUGGCAUUAGUCGGUUCCGAGUCCUAAGCCACCGGCACAGAGACGGCUAUAACACGGCGGACAUUGAGUAUAUCGAAGAUCAGAAGGUGGAAGGUCCAGAACAUGAAGAACUCACCACACUUCACGAUUCCGUUUAUCAACAGUCUGUCUCCUGGUUUGCCUCUCUCCAGGAUCACAUGAAAGAACAAAUUUUAAGUCAUUUUGGGUUAAUGCCAGAUAGGGAGCCUGAGCCUCAGAGUAAUCCUAGUGGUCCUGCCUGGUCCUGGUGGAUCCUGGCAGUGUUACCACUGGAACGCAAGGCUCAGCUGGCUAUACUCGCCAUGACCUCGCUGAAAGAGCGUCUACUUGCCAUUCGACGAAUAUUAGUCAUCAUCACACGUAAGAUGAAUAGUCGGCAAGAGCUGGCUAAUACCAGGGAGAGAAAUAAUUGAUUUUUUUCUCUCUGUCACGGUCUCUGGAAGCCCUUGUACUUUUAUGAGUACCAGGCAUGGACAAAUAGCCAUCCCAUUCAUUGUGCUUUGUUAAAAGGCUUGUUGAUAGGGUUACAAAGUGGAACACUUGCCAAGCAUUGACUUCUACUCAAAAGAUGUAAGUUUGUGUCUGGUGGAAUCUGACCCUGUACAAGGUUAGCCUGAAGUUUGAAUGGAGCCCAUGGUUGGAAAACAACCUAAAAAAAUCUCUUUGAAGCAGAUGCUUCAGGAAUACAGUUCACUGAUAGCAUGGGACACUGCAGAUGGUUUACAUGUGGUUCAGGUUUCACAAAAAAAGAAGGAUUCCCUUCUCAGUCAGUAUCUUGCUCUGCCCGAUGGAAACAGCAUGCUUCAGUGGCUAGACAAUAUGGAGGAACCACAUUUUUAUCUGGAAGUGGAUUUCUUAGAGUACAGGCUAACCGAAAAUGUGCUUAGGCUUUGUGUGUUGCUGUGAAGUUGUCCGUGAAAUUGAAGAAUCAAACCAUUGUCCAGUGCAGGAGCCAGACUUAGUCCUUAGCCCAGAAGAAGUAGCUACUCGAUAGAACUGUGUUUAAUGUCUAACAUGUUGUAGUCUCAGGUGUCGUAAAUUGCAUGUUAUAAUCAAAUGAAUGUCAAAAUACAAGAAAGUGUACCUUGGAUUUA